UCUACUCCUCUCCACCCCACGGGAGCUUCGUCGGAUAAGAUAAACUCGUACUACGAUGAGCGGCGGCGACACCCUCUCCUCGGCAACGGCGGCCGACGCCUCCGCCAUAUGCGCCCAGAUCGCGUUCGUCUUCUCCGCGCCCUCCGCGCAUCCCCUGGCCCGCUCCGUCCUCGUCUCCGAGCUCGCCGCCGCGGCCUCCCGGGGCGGCCGCGUGUUCGUGCACGGCGUCGGGCGCGAGGGCCUCAUGAUGCGCGCCCUCUGCAUGCGCCUCGCGCACCUCGGCCUCCCCGCGCACUGCGUCGGCGACGUCACGGCGCCUCCCGCCUUGUCAGGGGACCUCCUCGUCGCCUCCGCGGGGCCCGGCGCGUUCUCUACCGUCGACGCCAUCUGCGGCGUGGCGCGCGGCGCCGGCGCGCGCGUCCUGCUGCUCACUGCCCGGCCGGAGGGUGACUUCCCGGGGCGCCAGGCGGACGUGGUCGCCCACCUCCCCGCGCAGACCAUGGCGGACGACGAGGAUUGUGGCGCGGCGGCGGCGCAGGGGAGCUCGCAAGCGAAGCUGCCGAUGGGGAGCCUGUACGAGGGUGCCAUGUUUGUGCUCUUCGAGAUGGUGGUGCUGGAGCUCGCGCGCGUUCUGGGCCAGAGCCCGGCCCAGAUGAGAUCUCGCCACACCAACUUGGAGUAGUCCAAUGUUUCAACUUCUGCUCAAACUGCGCUGACCGCUGAGGAUUGUGUCGACUUGUCGUCAACAUGCCUCUUAGCAAAUGUCAUGUUGCUCAGCGUUGAGUUGAGUAGGUUGGAUACUGAAGCGAGUAUAAGUGUACAACAGAGUAACAAUAAAAAACUGAGUUCUUGCAAACAAGAAGAAGAAAAAGACUUGACAAACUUGUGCUUUUGAGAUCUGGGUUAUAACAGUCGAUAUAGUACUAUUUUUUUGUUACUA